AUGAAAUAUAAAGAAGUAUUGAGAUUUUCUGAAGACCUAGUAGUAUUGGCUUAAAUUAUUUUCUAUAGUUGGGGUAUCACAAUUAUUAAGAGAUAGAGGAAACUUCCUCAUUAUUAGUAAUAUAUUUUCUUAGUUUUAUACUUGGAAGCACUAUUUAAGGGAUUUCUUCAUUUUAACAUAGAUUUUCUAAUUUCACAAAAAUGAUGCUGUUUUACCUAGGUUAUGCAAUCAAGGGAAUAUCAGUUUGGAGUUCAACUUAAGAAAAUAUUUCAAUCUCAUUAAAUGUUCAUCUAAUAAUUCAAUUUCAUUUUUCAAAAGAAUAAAGCAUAUAAUAAAGAAGUAUGCCUUACUAUGCUUUUUUCUUAAUUUGCAUUAAUACAUUUAAUUAUCUUACAGUAACAACAGAUAGCUACUUUAUUUUCUCACUUGAUAUCAUUUUAGUAGUUUUGGAUGCAAAUCAUCUCUCAUUAAUUUUAGAUAAAAAUUGUAGGAAGUCUUAAUACCACUAACCAAAUAGUACACUAAAUACGACAACUAACUAAUAAAAGCUAGGAUAAACAUUUUAAUUUGAUUUGCCUACUGUAAAAAGUCCAAAUGCACCUUCUAAUUAUUAUGAUAGAUUUUCAACGAAGAAGUUAACAUUUAAUACUAAAAUGGAAAUAUUUGAAUGUACUAUAAGAUUAGAAGAUUAUUUAAAAAAAGAAUUUGAGAAUGAUCUUUAGAAAAAAGAUUUUAGAAUUCAAGAAGAAUUUUUUUAAUUAUCAUUAUUAUACAAAUAUAAUGAUGUUACACAUAAAAUAAAAAUAUCAGACUUUCUUUCUGAUUAUUAUGAAGAAUUAUCAAAUAUUUAUUAUUUUUCAAUAGAAGACAAUGAUGCAUUUGAUUUUAGAGAUACUGUUUUACUUAUUGAAUAGGUUAAAAAUAGUGAAAGUGAAACACUUAUUUAGUUAUUGUUUUUAGAUGUCCCUUAAAAAUAUUAAAGAAAAUAAGGUAGAGUUAGAAAAUAAUUAUUUUUUGAUAUGUGUAAAUAGAUAUCUCAUGAACUUGGAACUAGUUUAAAUUCUCUAAUGACUUUUAGCAAUUUAGCUGUUGAAGAUGAAGGUAUUUCAGAAUAGAUUAAAACAACUUAUAUUUAUCCUAUUUUAAUUAAUAGUGUUUAAUUUAAUUUAAUUAUUAAUAAUGUCAGAGAUUUUACUCAUUUAGGAUUACAAAUAUUUCAACUUAAAUUAGAGGAAAUGUAAAUCAUUUAAACUGUAGAAUUUAUCAAUACAUUAUUUGAAGAACCCUUAUAAAGUAAAGGUAUUGAAUUAUCAGUUUAAUAUCAUUUAAAAAAUAGAUAUUUAAUUACAGAUAAGGAACGAUUUGAAUAAAUUUAUUUUUAAUUAUUGUAAAAUGCAGUUAAAUUUACUUUAUCAGGUUAAAUUAGAGUUAAUAUAUAUAAUAAUGCUGAUAGAUUCAUAUUAUCAAUUGAAGAUACUGGAAUAGGUUUAAGUGAAGUUGAAGAAUAAAAUCUUAAUUAUUUAUUGGAUAAAGACGAAUUUAUUAAAGUUUCUGAUAAUUCUGUUGGUUCUGGAAUGGGAUUAGUAAUAUCAAAUAUGAUUGUUAAAUAAUUAAAUAGAGGAAUUCCUAUAAAAGUAAAAAGAUUAUUAAUAGGAACAUAAUUCUAUUUUGAAUUACCAAAUGAUAUUUAAGAAAAUUAUUUUUCUAAAUAAAAGGCAUUAAGAGAAUAUUCAUCAGGAUCUCAAUCUAUAAAAUUAUUAUCAUAAAAUUCAUAUAUUGAGGGACCAUUAGGUUAAUAAUCACACUCUAUUUCUUAAAAUUUAUCUUCAUAAAGAUUAACAUUUAAAAAGAAGAGAAAAGAAACAAAAUCAUUUUCUGUUGUUCAUCAUUUUGAAGAUGAAAUUGAAAGUGAAGUUUUGAGUGAAUCACAUAAAAAUAAAUUUUAAUUUUUACCUACUUUUUAAACAAAAUAAAAGAAAGAUAUGUUGGAAUAUUGUUUAUAAAGUGAAUGUUGUUCAAGAGCAUUAAUUGUUGAUGAUGAAUAUUACAAUAUAAGAUGUUUAAAAUUAAUUAUGCAAAAAUAUGGAGUAAAAUGUGAUCAUGCAUUUAAUGGUUAAGAAUCAUUAUAAUAUAUUAAAUAAAAAAAGGAAAAACCAUGUGAACAUUGCAAUAAUUAACAUUAUUUAUUAAUAUUUUUAGAUAUUAAUAUGCCAAUUAUGGAUGGAUUUCAAACAAUUAAAUUAAUUAAAACAUAAAUUUAAACAGAAGAAAUUAAAAAGGUUUAUUGUAUUGCUACAACUGGAUUAUGUGAUCUUUAAACUAAAUAAAAGUGUUAUGAAAGUGGAAUGGAUUACUUUAUGACAAAACCACUUAACUAAAGUUUGCUUAAAGAAAUUCUUUUAACAUUUUUUCCUACUUUAGAAAUUAAAGUUAAUUGA